AUGACACUUUCCUCCACCAAGGCGCUUUGUGUUGCGCUUCUUGUUGCGUCCGGGCUGGUUGCGACGCAGGCGGAUGACUCGCACUACGUUCGUAGUCCCAAGCACUCUCGUCGCGCGUCGCACCACAACGCCGGCCCGUCCGAUCUCACCAAGCGUGGACCGACGUACAGUGGUCGUGCGACGUACUAUGCCGCAGGUCUGGGUGCGUGUGGCAACUACAACUCUGGCUCCGACUUUAUCGUCGCCCUCAACGCGGCGCAGUAUGGCAACCUCGGUCAGCGAUCUUCGUGGUGUGGCAAGACGAUUGCCAUUACGUACAAUGGAAACACCCAGUAUGCGACCGUCCAAGACGCAUGCCCCAGCUGUCCGUACGGUGGACUCGAUAUGAGCGAGGGUCUGUUCAAGGCUUUUGCAAGCACCAACCUCGGCGUCUUCCAAAUGUCCUGGACCGCCGCUGAUGGAUCGGAUAACAWCAACAACAACAACCAAUGGACUAGCACAAGCUCAAGACAGCGUCCCACUCCGACAACGACGUGGCAACAACCUACCUGGACUUGGGCCCCGCCUACUACUACCAGCUCGUCGUCCGCACAAAGAUCAGCUCAGCCUUCAAGCUCGAGUGCCGCCUCCAGCUCGGCAAGCUCGGCAAGCAGCCAAAGCUCCUCGGCAUCGUCGAGUGCGAGCGCGUCCAGCUCGGCAAGCCAGCCAGAAUCAACGCCCGAGACCGCAAACAACCUCGACAGCUUCGCGCUCAUUUACCAAGGCUUGAACCAGAUGGCUGUAGCCGCCGCUUCCUAG